UUCCAGUCGUCAGUAACGCCGCACUCGAGAAGCUGAGAGUGCUGCAGAAACGAGCUGACCUCCCGAGCUUUCGAUAUGUUAAGUACUUCUGUUUAUCCGCUUGCUAAUCCCAAGGGGGUCACACUGGAGUGCGAGAUGUGCCAAAAAACCGCCCAUAUUAUGUGCUCCCGGUGCAGGGUGACUUAUUACUGUGAUAUUGCGCACCAAGAGGCAGAUUGGCAUGGAAUCCAUGAGAAGAUUUGCCAGCUUCUGAUUCCGGUACGAACACCACUGCCUUUCCUCAGCUCAACAAUAGAACGAGAGCACAGUAAGGCACAACUUGUGCAGAGACAGAAACAUCUCAUUGAUCUGACACGAACUGUGGCUCAGAAGCUUCUGUUUGAGAGUAAACAUGAAAGGGCGAUACCUGGAGCACUGCAGUCCUUGCGUUUUGCAACCACAGUGUAUGGCAGCCUCUCCGCUGAGCUAGUUCCAUCUCAGUUACUCCUGGCAGAAGCUGGUAUUGGCCUUGGUCGACUAGAUGAAGCUGAAGAGUACCUCUCUCAGGCUCAGUGGACGGUGAUGAAGACCAAGGAAUGUAUUAACGCCAUUCAGUACAAGUUGUUCCGAAACCUGGGCCUUUUCUACACCGCCAAGUGUGACUACGACAAAGCGCUGUGGUGCUUUGCUGACGAUAUUUACCACGCCACGCGAGUGUUUGGCGUGUCUGACAUUCACACUGCCGGUGGGUAUUACCAUAUGGCCAACGUGUUUUACCAACAGGAGAAGAUGGACAUAGCAGACUCGCUGUACUCAGAGGUGACCAAUAUCUGGAAAACGUUUCUGGGUGAACUGGUGGAGACGGAGAUACAAAAAUCUCUGUGGAAAGCAGGAAUCAGUUCACCAGCACCUGGCACCAGUCUCAUAGAUUUUGCAGAUGUUUUUGAUGAAGCCCAGGAAGCAGAAGCAGUCAAGGUGUUGCAUGCAAUCUUUGACCUGCGAAACCAAGAGCUCCUUGUGAAAAAAGGCAAAAUUGGAAGCAUUGCUCACACCCUGGCCAUGCUUUACUACCUGUUCAUGAACUUCAAUAAGGCUACUGAAUAUGGAGAACUGGCUUUAGAAAAUACCGAGUUGAUCGUACAGGAUAAAAAUGAGAUCUCGACAAUCCAACGGCUCCUUGAAAUGGCUAAAAAAGCACUUUCAUAUCCCGGAGGGAAGGGACCGUCUCCCUACGACUGGGCUAACACAUGCUGAAAGUUGUCAUGUCAGUGUGCCGGGAUGUUGUUUUAAUACCAAAGUGGAGAAUCGGUUACACCAUCAAAUAUUUACGUGGAAGUGGCUUGAGGCAAUGCAAUAUUUUAACAAUAUAUGUAUUAAAAUAAACCC